UAAAUACAGGGUCGUGUUAUUAAGAGGAUGCAGAAACGGUCCAGCUUUCAUCCUAGAACAGAUAAACGGGAGGCAAACUCUAGCGAAGAUGAUCCGCUGCGGGAAUCAGAGCCACGACAUGUGCCCGAUGGCUGAGAAUACAACGCUUCGGGUGGAGGAGGACAGAUCGCUCCACCUGCUGAUGAACCACUGCAGGGAGAUGAAGCGCCAGGAGAGUAACUUGCGUAUAGCCACGGCGUUCGUCUUACUGGGAUGCACCCUGCUUAUCUUCUACCUUAAUUUUCGGCAGAGCGGCCCGUUGAACUUCAAGCAGUCGGAGCCGACCGAAGCUAAAGCGCUCGGGGUUGUCGCCGAACAACAUACUGCGUCAAAGCCUGCUUUUCACCUGACAGCAGCUCUUGGCUCAGUCCCAGCCAAGGAGAAAUACGUGAUUUGGACGGACAAGGGAGACACUGUGCACAUCCAGGAAUUCACGUAUGACAACUGCACUCUCACUGUGCCUUCAUCUGGCUUGUAUCACAUCUACCUGCAGAUGACCUACAAAAAGCCUGAAGUGUGCAACAGCCCAAGAGGCACUAUCUACCUGGGACCCAGGGUAGAAAUAUGGCGUGACAGCUACCCUAAGUUUGUGUCUAUGAUGGCUGCCUCUGAAACUCUGCUCUGCAAGGACACCAUCGAGAAGUCCAUCUAUACAGCUGGAAUAUACCAGCUGGAGAAGGGCUCUCAACUGAGGGUUCAGUAUGGUGCAGAAGACCUGGCUGUUCAAACCGAUCAUAAGAAAAUGUUUUUUGGGGCUUAUCUCAUUUAAACUUGGACAAUUUUAUUAAGUAUUGUUGUUAUUAUAAUAAUUUAUUAUUAUCCCAGACGGCGGCAUGGUGGUGCAGUGGUUAGCACUGUUGCCUCACACCUCUGGGACCCGGGUUCGAGUCUCCGCCUGGGUCACGUGUGUGGAGUUUGCAUGUUCUCCCCAUGUCGUCGUGGGGUUUCCUCCGGGUACUCCGGUUUCCCCCCACAGUCCAAAAACAUGCUGAGGCUAAUUGGAGUCGCUAAAUUGCCCAUAGGUGUGCAUGUGUGAGUGAAUGGUGUGUGAGUGUGCCCUGCGAUGGGCUGGCCCCCCAUCCUGGGUUGUUCCCUGCCUCGUGCCCAUAGCUUCCGGGAUAGGCUCCGGACCCCCCGCGACCCAAUAGGAUAAGCGGUUUGGAAAAUGGAUGGAUGGAUAUUAUCCCAGACAGCUGAGCAUAAGGCAGAGGUACUAGCUGGCCAUGAUGCCAGCUGAUCACGGGAUGCAUACAUACACUCAGACAUGCAAUCGCAAUUUGGUAAUGUAGAGACAGCAGUUAGUCUGACUGGAGUACUCUGGGGAGAACAUGCAAAUUCCAUUAUUAUUGUUAUUGUAUGCUGUGGUUUUUUUAAUAAAUUUUUUUAUUUCUUCACACAACAUAAAUGUAUUUAUUGUCUAUUGCAGGGGUCUCCAACUCCUGGAGGGCUACUGUCCAGUAGGUUUUCUGCCCCCACUUGGCUUCUGAUGAGCCACACCUGUUCCUAAUAUUUACCUGAGCACAGGUGUGGCUCAUUAGAAGCCAGGUAGGGUAGAAAACCUACUGGACGGUAGCCCUCCAGGACUGCAGUUGGAGACCCCUGGUCUAUUGUUUAAUUUUAAAAUGAUUAACUAUAUUUAAUAAUCUCAGUUAUGGGGUUGCUUUCUAUUUAUUUGUUUUUCCUUAUAGCCUUGGUAUAUUUUGUUUAUGAUGUGGUUAAUUUCAUACAGUCUCAGUAUGAUCCAGUUGGGGAUUAUUUACCUGUGAUUAUGUUUUCUGGGAAUUAUGGGUUUCCUCUCUAGGUUGUACUCCUGUGCUCUCUGGUUCCUGGCAUAGGUUCCUGGUUCUUGCUCUGAACCUACAUUACAGCCACUGCUGAAAAACCAAUGCAUGAUGUUUUAGAACUCAUGUGUGUCUUGGAAGGGCUUGCAUUUUGUAUGGAUCCUUCAUUUUUUUGUUAAAUAUAAUCCUAAUCAGGUUCUUUGGUGAAGGGGGGCGGAUCCUAGAAGUACUUGUCAUACUAAUUGGGAGGGUUUACGCUACACUCUGUCUACAAACCAACACCCAUGUGACUUGCAUGAGUAGCUGCCCCUCAAAACUCUUCAACAAAUAGCUUGUGGUUUGCCCAGUGCCAAAGCACUUUCUGCAGGUGAGUUCAGUGGGUGGCAGUAACAGUGCUCCCAUUUCAUUUGGCACACUGGUGUUCAGGUCAGUAGUGACGCUGGAAGUGACCGUGUUCGGGAUUAUGGUGCACAAAACUGACCGAGCUGUGUGUGAGAGUGACCAUGUUCAAGUCAGUGAUUCGGAAGGUUGAGCCGUUUAAUAUGAUAAUGAUUAAUGGUGGAAUGUUAAUCUGGUCAAAAUGCAACAGAAUAUUACGUGACCACAUGCAGAACCUAUGUAAAAGAGAAGGCUCUUGUAAACAGCUGAGAACAUGAUGAUAUGUGCCCAGAAUACUGUUUCACAUAGGAUGAAAUUGCCAGAAAACAGGUGUGUUUUGGGAUAUAUGUAAAAAUAAAAGAGGUUUACAAAUG